AUGGCAGACAGUCUCUAUGGCAUUAAACAAGCCUCGAAGACCAAAGCCAAGGAAAUCUCCUCCUCCACUUCUCUCGCUUUCUCUACGAACUUGGCAUCACUGAUCUCCAGCUCGUCCUCUGCCAAACCAAAGGACACAUCUGGCCGAUCGCGUCCAUCUAAAGACAAAUCAGAUAUCUUCACUACGCACAAUAAGAACGUCAAGAAACGUUCCGCCGCCGACCUCGAAGAUGGCCAGCAACGCCACAAGACCCGGGAUGAUAUCGGCUCGGUCGAUGAUGCAGAGUUGCAUCGGUCCAAGAGAAGGAUGCAGGACAAAGUCCGCCUAUACAACGCCAUGAAGCGUGGCGAAUACAUUGGCAAAGAGGACCAUGAUAACCGUGGUCUGGUCGAUUUCGACCGCAAGUGGGCGGAAGAUCAAGCAAAACGUCAGGGAGGUGACACUGACAGCUGCGAGUCAGAUGAUGGUAGUGUAGACGAAGAGGAACUUGUGGAAUAUAUGGAUGAAUUUGGUCGACUCCGAAAAGGAACGAAAGCGCAGGCUGCGCGCGAAGAAAGAAGGAAACGUAUGCAGGCCAACGCUGCUGAAGAAGAAGAACGACUUUCUGCGAGACCAACAAUGCCGAGUAACGUUCUGUAUGGAGACACUAUUCAGCACCAAGCUUUCAACCCUGACCAAGCCAUUGCUGAUCGCAUGGCCGAAAUCGCGAAGAAGAGGGACAAAUCUGCCACUCCUCCUCCGGAGACACAUUACGACGCCAGUGCUGAAAUCAGGACCAAAGGAACUGGCUUCUACACUUUCAGCAAAGACGCAGAAGAGAGGAAACAAGAAAUGGACGCUCUUGAGAAGGAAAGACUUGAGACGGAGAGAGUGCGCAAAGAACGGGACGAAAAGAAGGAGGAAAGGAAGAAAGAAAUUGAGGAACGACGGAGAUUGAUUGCUGCACAGCGCGCCAAAGCGCAAGCUGACAAAUUUCUCAACGAACUUGACAUCGAAGGGAUUUGA